AUGUUGAGGCUUCCAGCACUAUCAAUGGCGGAUUACGGAGAGUGUCUGAAGCUAAAUGUUCCUGGACCAUCCAUAAGGCAAAGGCAGCCCUCGCGUGUUUCAUCAAUGAAGGGUGGGAUAUUAAUGAACCAGUCAGCGAAAUUCAGCCUCCUGUUCUUGGUUGGAGAUGAGCAAAUGACUAGCUGGCUUCUUGAUCAUGGAGCUAACCCGAACAAACGAUGCGAGAUUGACUGUACCCCUCUGUCCUAUGCUGUUCAGCUUGCCCCUAUUAGUGUCAUCUAG